UCUCCCUCUCCCCUCCGCCCUCCCCCUGCUCCCCCUCCCCUCCAGAUCUGGGUCCCGGGCCUUGAGCAAAAUCUGACGCAGGGCCCGACACGAUUUCCCCCUCUGCCGGGACCGCUGCUGCCCGCCCCGCUGUGCUCAGCCGCUUGUCCCUCCUGCUCUGGGAUUGUCCUGUUUUAAUGCAGACGGGAGGUGCGGUUCUGCGGCGGGAGGAGCUGGUUCCGGCUUCCGAACGGAGGAGCCUUCAGUCGAGCUGGGAUACAACAAGCAGAGGAUUUGUUCAUGCGGAUCUCAAACACAAUAUCAGCAAAUUCACACUGGGGAGAGGCCGUUCACCUGCUCUGAGUGUGGGAAGGGAUUCACUCAGACAUUCCGGUUGCUGAUGCAACAACAAAUUCCCAGAGAAGAGGCCGUGUAUCUGCACUGAGUGUGGGAAGGGCUUCCUUCAGUCAUCCCACCAGCUGACACACCAGCGUGUUCAUACUGGGGAUCAGCCGUCGCCUGCUCAACGUGUUGUAACGGAGUCACUCAGUUAACCAGCCUGAUGUCGCACCAGCGAGUUCAUGCCGGGGAAAGGCCAUUCUCCUGCUCGGAGUGUGGGAAGGGCUUUGCUCAGUCAUCCAACUUGCAGGCACACAAGCGAGUUCACACUGGGGAAAGGCCGUUCUCCUGCUCAACGUGUGGGAAAGGAUUCACUCAGUUAUCCAACCUGAAAAUGCAUCAGCGUGUUCACACUGGGGAGAGGCCAUUCUCCUGCUCAACAUGUGGGAAAGGAUUCACUGUGUUAUCCAGCCUGAAGAAGCACCAGCGGGUUCACACUGGGGAGAAGCCAUACACCUGUCUCGAGUGCGGGAAGCGAUUCUCUCAGUCAUGCAGCCUGAAGACACACCAGCGAGUUCACACUGCAGAGAAGCCGUAUACCUGCUCCAAGUGUGGGAAGGGAUUCACUAAUUCGUCCAAUUUGCUGACGCACCAGAGAGUUCACACCAGGGAAAGGCCGUUCAACUGCCCUGAGUGUGGUAAGGGAUUCACUGUGUCAUCUGAGCUGCUGAUACACCAGCGGGUUCACACCGGGGAGAAGCCGUACACCUGCUCCGAGUGCGGGAAGGGAUUCAUUCGGUCAUCCCAUUUGCUGACACACCAGAGAGUUCACACCGGGGAGAGACCGUUCAACUGCCCUGAGUGCGGGAGGGGAUUCACUGAGUCAUCUCAGCUGCUGAUACACCAGCGGGUUCACACUGGGGAGAGGCCAUUCUCCUGCUCAACGUGUGGGAAAGGAUUCACUCACUUAUCCAGCCUGAUAACUCACCAGCGAGUUCACACUGGGGAGAAGCCGUACACCUGCUCCGAGUGCGGGAAGGGAUUCACUCGGUCAUCCUAUUUGAUGAUGCACCAGAGAGUUCACACCGGGGAGACGCCCUACACCUGCUCUGAGUGUGGGAAGGGAUUCACUCGGUCGUCCAAUUUGCUGACACACCAGAUUGUUCACACCGGGGAGAAGCCGUACACCUGUUCUGAGUGUGGGAAGGGAUUCAGUCGGUCGUCCCAUUUGCUGAUACACCAGAGAGUUCACACAGGGGAGAGGCCAUUCAUCUGCUCAACGUGCGGGAAGAGCUUCCGUCAGUCAUCUGACUUGAUGACACACCAGCGAGUUCACGCUAGGGAGAGGCCCUUUGCCUGCACUACAUGUGGGAAAGGAUACACUACGUCAUCCAGUCUGGUGAAGCACCUGCGAGUUCACACCGGGGAGAGGCCGUUCACCUGCUCUGAGUGUGGGAAGGGAUUCCCUUCGUCAUCUGACCUGCUGAAACACCAGCGAAUUCACACCGCGGAGAAAGAUUAAAUAUUCUGUAUGAUCAAUAUACAACCACCACUGCUACUGAAAUCGAGCGCAAAUUCACAAGUGUUGCAGGUGUUCACGGGGGUUGGAUUCUGUCAACGCUGCUGAUCUCGACCAGGAUUGACCCCUGGUCAUUGGGCACAGUUGAUUUUCUUUUGUAAUCUCUUUAACUAAGUGAGAGUUCAAUGUUCUGGAUCUCUGAUUAAAAUAAAGCGGUUCUGUUUGA